AUGUCCUAUGGCUUCCUGAACAAGCAGGGCGCCGCGAGCGCGGGCUCCUCGAGCGCGGACACGCCGAUUCUGUGUGAGACGUGCCUCGGUCCGAACCCGUACGUGCGCAUGUCGAAGCAGCACCUCGGCAAAGAGUGCAAGGUCUGUGGCCGCCCCUUUACCGUCUUCCGCUGGAACCCCGGCGCAGGGAUGCGGUUCAAGAAGACGGAGAUCUGCACGACGUGUGCGAAGCUGAAGAAUGUGUGCCAGACGUGUAUCCUUGACCUCGACUACCAGCUCCCGACGCACGUCCGCGACACGGCGCUCAACAUCCAGAGUGCGAUACCCACCUCGGACAUCAACCGCCAGUACUACGUGAACCGCAUGGAGGCGGUCAUGGGCGAGGAGCAGAAUACGCCGAGCUCGGGGCCGCAGCGUGCGGGCCACGCCGUCCUCGAGAAGCUCGCGCGCGACACGCCGGACUAUAAGCGGAAUCGGCCGCACGUCUGCUCGUUCUACGCGCGCGGUGCCUGCACGCGCGGCGAGGCGUGCCCGUACCGCCACGAGAUUCCCACCGAGAAUCCGAAGCAGAGCGUCGCGGACCGCUACCACGGCACCAACGACCACGUCGCACGCUCCAUCCUCCAAAAGCACGCAAGCGCCAAAGGACUCGUGCCCCCGGCGAACCCCAUGAUCAUGUCGCUCUUUCUCUCGGGCCUGCCCGAGAUGAGCGAAGAGAGCCUGCGCGCCGCGUUCCUCGCGUCCGUGCCCGGCCUGAAGCAGGAGCAGAUCCGCGGCGUGACGCUCGUCCCCGCGUCGCAUUGCGCCUUUGUCAACUUUACCUCGCGCGACGCCGCCGAGCGCGCCGCGGAGAGCCUCGCAGUAAAGGUCGAGAUCGAUGGAAAAGAGGUCAGGCUGGCCUGGGGCCGGACGCCUGCCAAGGAAAGUGCAUAG